AUGUUCUGCCACGCGCGGGAGAACGGGGUGGUGACGCCGUUCUGCAGCAGGCACUACUGCCAGGUGGACGGGUGCCAGAAGGAGAGGCUGGCGGGGUGCCACUGCGCCGAGCACCAGUGCGUGGAUGUCGGCUGUGAUAAGGGGAGGAUGGCGGGACGGGGCAGGUUCUGCGAGGAGCACGGGUGCCGGCAUCAGACCAUAGGCGUGGGCAGCACUUCUGCCCGACUCACGAGUGUGGAUGGGACGGGUGCGAGCUGGAGGCGAGCUCUGAGCAGUUCUGUCUCAAGCAUCGGUCGGUCCUGGAUACGAUGCGGUGUGGGAGGAUUCAUGUACACCCUCGGGCUCGCGGCCAUGGGAGGAGGUGUGGGAGACACGGGGAUGAUGGGGACGAUGACGAACCGCGGUAUGUCUACGACUGCCCAGAGCACGGCUGCCGAUGUGAGAGACAAGCCACGAGGUGCGCCUGCUAUUGCGAGACUCACUUCUGCGGCAAGCCUCAGUGCUCAGAGCCAAGGAUCCAUUCCUUUCGGUAUUGCGCCGUACACAAGUGCGCCGUGUCGGACUACCCAAGCGAACCGGCUGGCCAUGGACACCACCACGGCCUCUCCCCUUUCUGCGAGAGACACACGUGCGGGACUGCGAGCUGUCGAGGCUUGGUGGUUGGGGACUCGCGAUACUGCGCGGAGCAUCUGA